AUGCCAAGCUUACUACCCAGCGCCGAGCAUAGGAGUGGCGAUGUUCCAUUUAUUCGUUUGUGUCCUUCAAUUAAACUGAAGCUACUUGGUGACGAGAACGAACCGGACCGAGGAAGCAUGGCUGAAUUCUCAAACAUGCUUUUCAAUUUCAGAUUCCGUAAAUGUAUCGAUGAACUGACCUUGAGUCAGCUAGGCUAUUUGUUUUCGGACUCGCGGUCGACGUUUUGUGUUCCAACCAUUGUUAUGCUUGAACCGGAGACAGAGAAGUUCUUGUGUUGUUAUGCAGAAAUGUUACAGAUGAUGCCAAUGCAAAUGCAAGCGGAAAUAAGCUCUUAUCUUCAAUCAGAUCUGCAGCACCAACACCUUCUGAGACUGUGCGAGAAAUAUAUGGAGGAGCUGAAGCGCUCACAAGCAGCUGAGCAGAAUCUGUUAGCACGCAAGUUGGUAUAUUGUUUAGCUGCUAUUCAAGACAUAUGUGACCGAAGGUUGUCCAUGGUUGACGAGGCGAAAUCUUGCUGGAUACUCUUUGGUUUCCACAGGAGUUCGCAAAUGGGAUACAACUUUGGAAUGGAUGCGUUUGGUCGCCAGAAAUCUCCGGCCUCUGACGGCCGACAGUUAAAAGCAGCUUUCGAAUCAAGUAAAACGGCCGACGUGGGACGUUUGAAGGAGUUGCGCUUUUCAAGAGCUUAUCUCAAGCUCCACAGCUUGCUGGAAAAGAAGACACAACAACUUCUGAACUUACAACCCAAGGCACAUGCAGAUACACCAAAGUCAUGCGCAUCUGGCGGCGAAAACAAUGACGAAAGCGAACUCGACACAGAGUUGGAUACAGAUAAAACAGAGGAACCGGACGAUGCAUCCAGGCCUUGUCAAUCCGAUGUGCGUCAGAAAGAUCCCGUUCAAGAAAACAACAAAACUGAAAGUCGCGGUGUUACGACGCUUAGAAGUAAGGCCAGGUUGCAGUUACGCUCUGGACCUCAACUUGGCCGGUCUUCUGUAAUGCGUGCCCCUCUCAGUAGGUGGGAGAACGGACAGCAGAGGCGGGCAGUCAGCAACAAAUCACAUAAACCCAGUUUGAAUUCUAUGAAGGAACGCAUGAAAGAACGAACAGGGGACCGCAUGAAUACAGAACAAAGGUAUCACAAGCUACCCGGACCCUACCCUCUUUACUCACGCGUGCAACAGCAGCAGAGGUUGAAAAAACAACAGCGGGCUAUUUCACGCGCACUUCAAGCUAAUCGAAACCGCAGCAUCCAUUACACGGAUCCAUCUUCUCGACGCAAUCGUCUGUCAUCUGCGGAGACGGGUCCACAUUACCUAGCAACAGGUCGACGCUUGGAGUCCAAGCUUUCGCGUUUUACCGGCAAUUCUCGCUCCUCUGGCCGUAAUGAUUGGAGCGAUCUACAGGCGGAAUAUUUUGACCCGGAAACUGAUCCAAACACGCGUUCAGCCAGUAAUGUAUCCAGUGAUAAUGAGAAUGAUGAAACAGAAGGUGGUAUCCAAUCGCGCAGAAACAGUGGAACUCGUAUGGUCGACCCAAAUUUCGCCAGCUGUUGGGCAAAGGACAGCGUCGUUUCAUCAGAAGAGCUUGACAGUGAGCACACUGACGAGAAUGACCCUGAAGGUGCAUCACUUCCAAUGCGUGAGAUAAAGCCAUAUUACAGCAAAGACCAGAGAUCACGAAUGGCUUCCCCAGCCGCUAGCAACGUUACUAACCGGAAACGAUUCUGUGAAACUGGUCGCCGUCGCAUAACCCAGCUGCGUAAAUCAGACGAGAUCCCGGCUAGUUACGACCAAGCCCGAACAGAACGUAUUGCGGCACAAUCAUCCCUUCUGCUAAAUUCCCCAAACACGGGCGUACAUCGAAAUCUGGUCUCUCGUUCUUAUUCUCACGGUAAUGGGAUUCUAUCUAAGCGACGUGAUUUGCAUAUGCCUCGUUGCAGACAAGAUCCCAAAGCGAUUCGGCCUUCACCUGAUCCGAAUACACGCUACGUUCCCCCGACGGAUCAAGCUGGGGCUUCCAAACGCCGCAGCACCUUACCCAACCGAAGUCCCAGUGGAAAUACCAGCGAUGAGAGUACUGACGAGCGUCUUUAUUGUUUGUGCAAAAAGGUAUCCUUUGGGGAUAUGAUUGCAUGCGAUAACAAACACUGCGAAGUGGAAUGGUUCCAUUUCGCUUGUGUGGAUAUACGUGUGCAACCUAAAGGCAAAUGGUAUUGCCCUCUUUGUCGUGGUGACUCCUCGAAGUUAAAGCGGUCUGCCAUGUAGAUAACUUCAGUCAGUU